AUGUCUAAUCUUAAAUGUUAUUUUUCUUUUCGCUCGAUUUUUUGUAUUGUCAUAAUGUUAAAUACUUGUUAAAACAGAAAUAAUCAAUAAUGUGUUUCUGUCGCAACAAUAUUGUUACAGGUGUCGAUACUUGAUAGCAUAUUUCUUUUUCAAACUAUAUAACUUGAUACACUUAUAUGUCGCCAUUGAAUUUUUUAACAUUUGUUCUUAAUUAUUUAUUUUCUUUCAAGCUAACAUUAGGAACACUGGAUCGUUCGAAUUGAAAAACGAAAAAAAUGUUUUUGGUGUGUGUGUUUAGUGAGCACAUUUGCGUUACUUAUCGGAUUCGUAAGAAAUCAUUCGUAUCAUCAAUUUUUAUCGUCAGUUUAACUUUGAAAAUUUUUACGAGCAUAAACCGAAUAAAAAAUAAAAAAUAAUCACUUUAAUUAAGUAAUUUGAUCUCAUACUAAAAACCAUAGUUCUGCGUGCGUUCCGACGACUUCCAUAUAAGGAACAUUAUUUGAUUUCGACGUCCCUACUAAUCAUGCGACUUACUUACGUCAUUAUCAAAGUUAAACUUUAAAUAACUCUUUGAAUCUUCUCAUUUAUCUGUCUUAUGUUCGGCAAUUUCAUACUGGCGAGGAGUAUUAAAAAAGAUUAUUUUAUCGCGCUUCGUACCACGUACCUUUAUAAAUGAUUUCUUGCGUAACGUGUUCGAAUUUUUUUUUUUCUUUUCUUUUCUUUAACGAGAAGGAUCGGUCGAAUUUCAACAAACAAAUCGCCGAAGAAAAAGCAAAGGAAGAACCAAAAAGAAAAAAACGUGGUGACCCGUAUUGAUGUUGGCAACUCGAAAGCUAGAGACAAAGUAGCAGCCAGUGAAAAAAGAAAAGCAAGCAGGCAAGCAAUCGGCGAGUCAGUCAUGUGGGCCGAGAGAAUUCGCCGGUUCGAAGGCGUGCUUCGGUACCGGGACGGCGGCCUCGUGGUAUACAGCCGUACACCAACGAUACCUGUAGUUGAUGUAUUGGUGCGUAGAGAGGCUGGCGCGUGA